CGUGCGUGCGUGCUGACGUAGGGUGAAGGAGGUGUGUAGUGCAGGAAAAUGGCGGCGUCGAACAAUCCGCGGAAAUUCAGCGAGAAGAUCGCGCUCCACAACCAGAAGCAGGCGGAGGAGACGGCGGCCUUCGAGGAGGUGAUGAAGGACCUGAGCAUCACCCGCGCCGCCAGGUUACAGUUACAGAAAUCUCAGUAUUUGCAGUUGGGACCGAGUCGGGGUCAGUACUACGGAGGUUCCCUGCCCAACGUCAAUCAAAUCGGAAGCAGUGCCCUGGAUCUCCCCUUUCAGACUCCUUUCCAGGCCUCUGGCUUGGACACCAGCAGAUCGACCAGGCAUCAUGGUCUUGUGGACAGAGUCUACAGGGACAGGAACCGGUUGGGAUCACCGCACCGGCGGGCACUUCCAGUGGACAAACAUGGCCGUCAGGCAGACAGUUGUCCAUACGGAUCCAUUUACCUGUCGCCUCCACCUGACACCAGCUGGAGAAGGACCAAUUCAGACUCCGCGUUGCACCAGAGUACAAUGACCCCCACUCCCCAGGACUCCUUUAACGGGGGUUCCCAGGACACACAGCAGCAACACAAACGAGUGUUGCUGCUAACAGUUCCCGGGAUGGAGGAAAACACGUCAGACCCGGACAAAUCCCUCUCCAAACAGCUCUGGGACGGCAAAAAGAAUGUGUCAUCUCGGCCAAAGUCAUGUGAAGUCCCGGGGAUCAAUAUUUUCCCAUCUGCAGACCAGGAAAAUACCACAUCACUGAUCCCUGCCGCUCACAGCACAGGUGGCUCCCUCCCGGACCUCACAAAUAUCCACUUCCCACCUCCACUCCCGACCCCGCUUGAUCCAGAGGAUUCUUCGUUCCCGGCUCUGAGCAGCUCCAACAGCACAGGCAACCUGGCAGCCAACAUGAACCAUCUGGGCAUUAGUGCCAACAGUCAAGGCUUGACAUCGUCGCAGGGCUCGCUGACGGGAUCGUCUCAGAACAGACCACCUACCGUCAGUCCGCUCACUCUGUCACUCAACACAGACUCGCGAAGACAACAGCAGCAACAGCAGCUCCAGCAGCUAUCACCGACCCUGUCCCCGCUCUCCCCGAUCACGCAGGCCGUCGCCAUGGACGCGCUGUCGUUGGAGCAGCACCUCCCGCCGUACCCCUUCUUCACUCAGUCGACCACACAGCCCCAGCUUUCCCAGAGCUCCAGCAGCCUGACGCAGAGCACACAGCUACAGCAGAGCAGCAGCCAGGCUCGCUCCUCCAGCAUGUCACAGUCGCCUUCAAUGACCCAAACCCAGGCUCCGAUGGGAAUGGACAUCAGCACGACGUCCAUACUGGGGAGUGUGUUCGGAGAUUCCUAUUACGACCAGCAGCUGACAACCCGGCAGACCAAUGCGCUCUCACACCAGCUUGAGCAGUUUAACAUGAUCGAAAACCCCAACAGCAACAACUUGUUCAGUCAGAUCUCUACCCUGAACUACUCUCAGGCGGCUAUGAUGGGGUUGACGGGCAGCCAUGGGAGCCUACAGGACUCUCAGCUCAGUUACUCCAGUCACGGCAACAUCCCCAACAUCAUCCUCACAGUGACAGGCGAGUCACCCCCAGGCCUGUCGAAGGACCUGAGCAACACGUUCGCUGGUGUGGGAGACGUCAGCUUCGACACGGAUUCUCAGUUCCCCCUGGAGGAGCUGAAGAUCGAUCCCCUGACCCUGGACGGGCUGCACAUGCUGAACGACCCCGACAUGGCUCUGACGGACCCCGCGACAGAAGACACUUUCCGCAUGGAUCGCCUGUAGGGGAGGAGCACGUUUGCUCACACACGCACCCACACGCACACGCACACACACACACACACACACAACCCGGGA